GCGCUUUGUUUGAUCUUUUAGGUACUUGGAAAGCUAGCUAUGGGUACUCUGGGCUGGGACGGCGCUUGGUUUUACAAGCAAAGGUUGGGUUUUGAUAGGAAAAGCAGCAAAAGACGAGCAGGGAAGAACAGCAGCGGCAGCACUAGUAGUUCUAGCGGAAGAUUUCCAUUCAAGCAAGCUAUGGUGGCUGGAUCUUUAGCUUUGACAGGCGAUACCAUUGCUCAGCUUCGUGGGCGAUGGAACCAGCACAAGAACAGCGACGCUUGGGAGAGGGAGCUAUGGAAUCACGAUUGGGUGAGGGCGUUGAGGAUGGCCAGCUAUGGGUUCUUGCUCUACGGGCCAGGAUCGCAGGCUUGGUACGAGCUCCUCGAUUGGUACUUCCCUGCCAAGACGAUGAGAAAUCUAUCCAUCAAGAUUGUUUUGAAUCAGCUGGUGCUCGGCCCAUGCGUGAUUCUCGUAAUCUUCGCGUGGAAUAGCAUCUGGCAAGGCCAAGCUCGCGAGCUCCCAUCAAUGUACAGGAACAAGGCAUUGCCUACGCUCGUCGAUGGAUGGAAGUUUUGGAUUCCUGCCAGCGCGCUCAAUUUCAGUGUCGUGCCUCUGGAUGCUCGAGUUGGAUUCAUGUCGUGCUGCUCGAUUUUUUGGAACUUCUACCUCUCCAAUGCCAUGGGAAAACGCUGAAGAUCUUCCCUUGGCUCGUCAAUAAACUUCUCUUUCACCGGCA